UAGAGAUAUGAGAGAAAGAAAGUGUCUUUGUAUUUGCAUAAUUUAAAUAUGUUUAUUCAUAUGGGUGAAGAACAAACAUCUGUCAUGUAAAAAGAAAGCUUCACAACAACUGCAGGCCAUCAAGCCAUCAGGAUCUAAAAGGUUGUCGUCACCUCUUUGAGGUCUGUUUCAAGGCAGGCCACAAGGGAUGGCUUUGUGCACACAGCCCCUCUUUGAAAUCUUGCAUGGGAAUGCAGACCACUGUUGCAUUUUCAGUGACACCCGUAAAACCCUAUGUAUAAUAACACGGUCUUCAAGCUAGCAGUCUUUCCAUUCUCGCUAGUCCGACGGUCCAAAUAAAUACUUAACUGUGAAAAGAGAGGCUGGGGGUGGCUCUUAAAGCAACAUUCAUCAUUCUAAAGAAAACCAACCAUCCAGCUUUUUUUGGGGUGUGCCAACAUUGGCCACACAAGCAUUGGUGUGGUUGAUACUGACUAAUUCUGCAACCUCAGUGGAAAUCUCAUGGACAGAUAGAGCUAAGGUAGGUAGAAAGAAAGCUAUGCAUCAAAUAAGUAGACUAUAAAAUGAGUGUACGUUGACGUGUCAAAUAUGAAACCGUUUUCUGUAACCAGGGCAAACAGUGUGGGUUUUGGAGCACCUGAAAGAGGGGCUGAUUUCCACUUAACACCAAUUUGAUGACACAGUUAAAAUGCGCAUAGACACUGCUUUUGUCUAUUAUUUUGGAUUGCAUCCAAUCAACUGAUUCAGUGGUGUAAAGUUUCAGCUUGUUAUGUUGUCCACUGGGAAUCAUGAUGGUCGCCUAAAGUCUUCAGGACGUUGUCUCAUGGUUCCCUGGAGGUUUUGUCUAGUUCCCAGUUUGUCCCGAGGACGUUUUUAGGACGUCGCCGAAUUUCCUCAGGGAAAUUUUUCAGGGAAACAUCUAUUCCUCAGGGAAACAUCUACCCUGUUUGCUGGGUAGAUCUGUMUUUAGGUGCUGUUGCCCUGGUUGCAUUUUUCUUCGGUUACAUGGACAAAUUUCGGCCACAAUACUUUGCUCAGCAAACUCAUUGAUUGCACAACAUUCAAACAAUUCUUCGGGAGAUUUUCAUGGGCAUUUCUGAUAUGCUGUUAUCAUAUCACACACCAACYACUUCAAGAAGGGAACUGUUUGGAAUUAAUCCUUGGGGAAACCUGGACUUGAGAAACCAACAGGUGAAAGGUCAAGGAAUGAACACUAAAUGUAAAAGGGGGUUGUCUGGGGUUGUUUUUCUCUCUCUCUGCAUUGUUGGUAAGUAAGCAUUUCACUGUUUGUCUACACCUGUUGUUUACGAAGCAUGUGAAGAAUAAAAGUAGAUUUUGUUGGAGGGGUUGACGCCUUCAAGUCAUACACACACACUGUACAGACACACACAUGCAUUCAGAGACACACACACACACAUCAUAAAGUUGAGAGAUUCCAGGAAGUGAACUCAGAGAAAUACACUAGCUAGUGACAACUGACAGUAGCUGUUCAGAUGUGUAUGGUGUGUGAAGGCAGUCAGAUCUCUCCUCUCCCUCUGCACCACCAUGAUCAACACUUACCAGACCAGCAUGCCUCCACCACCUAUUCCCCCACGGCUAGGCUCUGUCAUGUCGGCACCAGGACCAGGCCACAGCAAACCUCUCCUCAGGUUCCUCAUUGGCAUGAUAGUGCUUCAAAUGGUUCUGCUACUGGGGGGAUUCGCCUACCUGUACCACACGGACAACAAGUAUCACGAGGACCUUGAACACAAGUACCUGGAUGAUAUGAUCAUCCUGAAGAGACUGGAAGAGUGUGAGAAAGACAUCCAGUCAGUGUUGGACUGUAAGACGCUUGUGGAGAAAUACAAAAGCAUCCUGGCAAAGGUCUCACAAAAGGAAGGAAGAGCUGCUAAACUCACUGGGGGUGGGCCCUCGUAUGGAGCCAUGGCACGCAUGAUAGUCAAGCAACCUGUUUCUGGUGCGCCUCCAACAAAGUAUCUGGAGUGGAACAUAGACCACUCAGUGCGGAGGAACGUCCAGUACUACAUGUCCAGCUGGCUGAAGGUGCUGCAGCCUGGAGACUACAACAUCUACUCCCAGGUGGCCUUCUCCAAAUGGCACCCCAAAACCCCUCUGGCCAGCCGGGUGAAGCUAAGGAAGGGGGAGACGGGAGAGGAGAAAGACCUGAUGACAGCCUACUGCAGCCUGGGGGACCAGGAUCAUACAGACGUGUGUACAGCUUUCCAGGGAGGAGUGUUCAGUCUGGAGCCAGACGAUCAGCUUAGUGUGUGGGUGACGGACCCCAGCCUAGUCAACUAUGAGGAGGGGACUACCACCUUUGGAUUGUAYAAGCUGUAGGCUGGUCAUCACAAUGGACAUUGCCUACAGUAUGGAGAUGAUGGACUGCGUUACUUUGGAUUAUGCCUGUUUUUGGAGCGAUGAAUGGAAUCAAGGCCAUGUAAGUGGUUGGAGUGGGACAGAACUGAAAACAAAUCUGCUAAAUGGAUCUAAACAUGGACUAGACCAGUGGUUCCCAAACUUUUUAUAGUCCCAUACCGCUUCAAACAUUCAACCUCCAGCUGCRUACCCC